UGCCUGUAAUUGCUACCUCAUCACAUGACUGCAAGGUGAAGAUCUGGAACGAAGAUACUGGAGGGCUCGGAAUAGGGAAGGAUCCAUCCGAGCUGAGGAGCAGAAGUGACUUCAGAGGCGCCCUGCCUGCCCGUCAGCGUAAGGCAGUGUGUGAGCCAAGGUGGUGUAGUCAGAGGGGAUGGCAGGAGACCAGCCCAGCGCAGAACAGAGGCCUGCAAAGAUGAGUGGACUUCGACCCCCUUAGAGAAAAAGCAAGAGUGACUCACAGGAGGAAGAUGUAAUCAAAGCUUCCAGGCUGUCUGUCCCCCGUAAGCCCAGACAGUCCAAAGUCAGCAAAGGGGAGAGGAGGAAAACCUGAGCUGGAGAGCUGGCCAAGAGCUGCCUGAAGACCAUGCAAAUGAGGCCCGCCCACAACUGCCUGGAAACCAGGCCUGGAGAAGCCAGAGCCCAGAGCACAGGCUGCAGGGCUGCGUUCGGGAAAGGAGGAGGAGGAAGUGGGGGAGAUUCCGAGGGUGCAGGACAUCUCCUGCCAGACCUCCCGGUGUCCGGACUGAGGAUGGCCGAGCUGCAGGGCCGGGAGCCUGAGUGCCCCGUCUGCUGGAACCCCUUCAACAACACCUUCCACACCCCUAAAGUGCUGGACUGCUGCCACUCCUUCUGCGUGGAAUGCCUGGCCCACCUCAGCCUGGUGACUCCGGCCCGGCGCCGGUUGCUGUGCCCGCUCUGUCGCCAGCCCACGGUGCUGGCCUCCGGGCAGCCUGUCACUGACUUGCCCACGGAUACUGCCGUGCUCACCCUGCUCCGCCUGGAGCCCCACCACGUCAUCCUGGAAGGCCGCCAGCUCUGCCUCAAGGACCAGCCCAAGAACCGCUACUUCCUGCGCCAGCCCCGCGUCUACACGCUGGACUUGGGCCCCGAGCCUGCGAGCCAGGCUGGGAUCCCCCAGGACACAGCCCCUACCAGCAGGCUGGCGCCCAGCCCCAGCCCCAGCCCCAGCCGCUCCUCUCUGAGACAGUGCUUCCGCAACCCGCAGUUCCGCAUCUUUGCCUACCUGAUGGCCGUCGUCCUCAGCGUCACCCUGCUGCUCAUCUUCUCCAUCUUCUGGACCAAGCAGUUCCUCUGGGGUGUGGGGUGAGCGUCUGCUGCAGACAAGGAACCAGGCCUUUCUUGGCUGCCGCUGAGCAGGGGGACUGCAGAGCCUCAUUCGGGAUUGGCUUCCUUUGUAGUAUUGUUCAGUUUUACAACCCAGGGAUCAGCUAGGCUUUGCGUCUGCUUCUAGGAACAGAGAAUCUUGCAGUAAUGAGAACCUCUGAGAGCUGAAGGGCUGGGGAAAGAUACGAAGAGAGCUCUGGGUCCUGGAAGCACAGAGAAGCAGAUCUGCAAUUACAGAGCUACUUAGCAAGUUGUGCCAAAGGGCUGGACAAUGGUGUCCAGAACCUGACCAGCCCAGAGAGCAAGUUGCAUUUCUUACUGGAACUGCUUUGAACUCAGUUCACAUUUUUUUUUUUAACCCUGAGUUGCUCUUUUUACUGUUUGUUGCUAAAAAACUUGGAAAGUGGACUUCAAUUGUGAGCCAGUGUGUGUGUCCCCCCCCUUUCAGUUUUCUCUUUGGAUGUCUUGUCACCAGUCCCAGUAAAAAUGGCCCGCAUUCAUUA